AUGACAAUGCUGCUCCAGGGAUCUGGGAGUUCACCCUCUGCGAAGGCCGCCAGCAACAAUUCUUCUGCUCAUGAUCAAUCGGUCUCCUCGGAGACUGGAAGCUUCUUGUGGUUCUACUACAACAACAACAAUAUCCGAUUCUGGCUGCCAAUUGUCGUCCUGCUCAACAGCUGCCUCACCUACGUUUUCUUCGUCCGUGGCAGCCAGAAUUCCCCGGUUGCUCCAAUUCUCCCAGAUCUCCAAAACUCCUCCUCAAAUUCAGAUACCUGCGAUUUGAGCAAGGGCGAGUGGAUUUUCGACUCGACACCACCGCUCUAUACAAAUUCCACCUGCGAUCAAAUCCAGCUUCUCCAGAACUGCCUGGGAAAUGGGAGGCCUGACACGGGCUACCUGCAUUGGCGAUGGCGGCCUCACAACUGUGAGCUCCCACUUUUCGACCCCGCCACCUUUCUCGAGCUCAUGCGGGCCAAAAGUAUGCUCUUCUUUGGGGACUCGCUCGCCAGGAACCACAUGCAGUCGCUUCUUUGCUCCCUUUCCCCGCUCGCAUUCCGUACGUCCCUCCGCUCCAUCGCCACGCUGGACGGCUACAAUGGGACCACGUUCCUCCGUACUGCGUCUCCGGACCACUUCGAGCACGGGACGUGGAGCAACGGCGGGACGUGCAACCGUACGCGGCCAACGCACUCUGACGCGAUGCCAUACGCGGUGGCGUCGCGCGACGAGGCACGGAAGUUCGACCCAUCCAAUGGCUCCAGGCUGCGGGUGCUGGACGUGACGUACAGCACCUUCCUCCGGCCAGACGGCCACCCCGGGCCAUACAGAACACACCCGCCAUAUGCAGGAGAGAUCAGCCGCUACAUCCGAAAUGAUUGCUUGCACUGGUGCUUGCCAGGGGCUGUGGAUAUGUGGAACCAGCUCCUCCUGGAAUCAGUGAAGAAGUUGGAGAAGACACAAUAG